AAUGUUCUUUCGUGAAGUUGCGUCAUCCACAUGGUUCCGAUCGUAGUGAGCUAAAAUAUCUUAUAAAUUAAUAAGUUCGAUAGUUACACUAAUAAAAAUGUUGUCGGCGACGCGAGUGAUCAGCCGAAAGGCUCUGGAGUGUUCAGGAAUUGGAUCAGACUUUUAUACGCACAGGAAUUUUUCCACAAUUCUCAAAAAUACUGCAGCACCCACAGUUCCAAUUUAUCAGCGACAUGGAGUACAAUACAGACACAAAUCAGAGGGUGUCCGCGGCGCUGUCAUCGGUAUCGACUUGGGAACGACGAACUCUUGCGUCGCUGUUAUGGAGGGAAAGACGCCGAAGGUGGUCGAGAACAGCGAGGGCUCGCGCACGACGCCGUCGCACGUCGCGUUCUCAAAGGACGGCGAGCGGCUGGUCGGCAUGCCGGCGAAGCGGCAGGCGGUCACCAACAGCGGCAACACGUUCUACGCGACGAAGCGGCUGAUCGGGCGCCGCUUUGACGACCCGGAGGUGCAGAAGGACAUGAAGAACCUCUCCUAUAAGGUGGUGCGCGCGUCGAACGGCGACGCGUGGGUGCAGGGCAGCGAUGGCAAAGUGUACUCGCCGAGCCAGAUCGGCGCGUUCGUGCUGAUCAAGAUGAAGGAGACGGCGGAGGCGUACCUCAACACGGGCGUUAAGAACGCGGUGGUCACCGUGCCGGCGUACUUCAACGAUUCGCAGCGGCAGGCCACCAAGGAUGCCGGCCAAAUCGCCGGUUUAAAUGUGUUGCGAGUUAUCAACGAGCCGACGGCCGCCGCCCUCGCCUACGGAAUGGAUAAGACUGAUGAUAAAAUCAUAGCCGUGUACGACCUCGGCGGCGGCACCUUCGACAUAUCGGUGCUGGAGAUACAGAAGGGCGUGUUCGAGGUGAAGUCGACCAACGGCGACACCCUGCUCGGCGGCGAGGACUUCGACAACGUGAUCGUCAACUUCCUGGUGGACGAGUUCAAGCGGGACCAAGGUAUCGACAUCCGCAAGGACGCGAUGGCCAUGCAGCGGCUGAAGGAGGCGGCGGAGAAGGCGAAAAUCGAGCUGUCCGGCUCGGUGCAGACCGACAUCAACCUGCCUUACCUCACCAUGGACGCUUCCGGACCCAAACACAUGAACUUGAAGAUGACGAGAUCCAAGCUGGAGUCGCUGGUCGGCGACCUCAUCAAGCGUACAGUGGCGCCGUGCCAGAAGGCGCUGCAAGAUGCCGAGGUCGCGAGGACCGAUGUCGGGGAGGUGCUGCUCGUCGGUGGAAUGACCAGGAUGCCUAAGGUGCAAUCAACGGUGCAAGAGAUAUUCGGGCGAGCGCCAUCACGCGCCGUCAACCCGGACGAGGCCGUGGCGGUCGGCGCCGCCGUCCAGGGUGGUGUCCUGGCUGGUGACGUCACCGACAUCCUCCUCCUCGACGUGACCCCCCUCUCGCUGGGCAUUGAGACCCUCGGCGGUGUGUUCACGAAGCUGAUCACGAGGAACACGACGAUACCGACGAAGAAGAGCCAGGUGUUCUCAACUGCCGCCGACGGGCAGACGCAGGUCGAGAUCAAGGUGCACCAGGGUGAGCGCGAGAUGGCCGCCGACAACAAGCUGUUGGGGCAGUUCUCGCUGGUCGGCAUCCCGCCGGCGCCGCGCGGCAAAGUAUUAUGAUAUUUUAUACAUAUAACAGCCAAAAAAAAAGAAUAUAAAAAAGGAAGAGAUAAAUGCCCACCAUGCAUUACCCUAUCCACAUUAACGCUGUCUCCAUUCACCCGCGCAGUCGUGAUCCAGUCGUCCGGCGGGCUGUCGAAGGACGAGAUCGAGAACAUGGUGAAGGCGGCCGAGCAGUUCGCCGCCGCGGACCGGCAGCGGCGCGAGCGCGUCGAGGUGUCCAACCAGGCGGAGGGCGUGCUGCACGACACCGAGACCAAGAUGGACGAGUACAAGGACCAGCUGCCCCAGGACGAGUGUGACAAGCUGCGCGUCGAGAUCGGCAAACUGCGCGAGCUGCUGGCGCAGAAGGACACCGCUGAGCCGGAAGCCAUCCGCACCGCCACCAGCUCGCUGCAGCAGGCGAGCCUCAAGCUGUUCGAGCAGGCGUACAAGAAGAUGGCCGCCGAGCGCGAUGGCCAACAGUCGAGCCAGCAGCAGAGCGAACAGCCGUCGGACGAGAAGAAGGAAGAGAAGAAGAAUUAAAUAGCUCUUAUUGCACACGUUUUCCGUUACGGCGUUUCCGUUAUGGCGUUUCCGUUGAGAGGUUUCCGUUACUAGUAGUUUUAGGACUUCACGCUUGCAACUUGAAGGAGGGAAAUUUAUAAUCUACGGUAAGCUGAGGCUUGGAUGGGGUUUGUAGUUUUUGGAUGUAUGUAGAAAGUUAGGUUAUGUAGAAGGACUGAAUAAAUGCACAAUCGUUGCAACGGUACGGACAGACAGACGAAAUUUAAUUCUUAUUAACUGCUGCUCACAUUGGCUCAGUUUGAAUGGGCGUAUGUUUUUAUAAAACAAUUAUUGUCCUUAUGAUAUGAAAGGACACAAAUCCUUAUACAGAAUCAUUAAAAUCCGUUUAGCCGUUCUUGAGCUAUAUGUGGUGUUACUAUCACGACUUUCUGUUCGAAAUGUGUAAAUAGAAAUAAUUUACAAUGCCUCUUCUCUUUCGAGUUGCGCCGUGAAUGUCCUACGGACAUCACCCAUUGGAAACUCAUGUGAUAUUUUUCAAUUUUAUCACACUCGAUUAAAUGAUAAUGAUAGUGCGAUUGGUUUCGAAUGUCGUGUAUUUUUAAAUGUAUUUUAGUUUCCGUUGCCGCACCGUAGAGGUUUUAUAUGCAGAGUAGCUGUAGACGUGUUCGUGUAGAAAGAGAGAGACGACCUCGGUACUCUGGCCGUCUCUAUCGCACAUGCGUGAGAGACAUGUAAUGAGAGGUUUGGAUUGGCGGUUAGUUGGGUCAUUAGAGAGAGACAGAUUGGGUACCGAGGUAAUCUGUCUCUUUCUAAAUGAACAUAUAGCCCACUCUAUCUUUACUAUGACUACAGUUUUUUUUUUUACUUUUUCCGAUUCUCUAUUUUUUCUCUUGUUGCGGCGUUGUCAUAUUAGUUGUAUAUAAUGUAGUAGUGAUGCCAAAAAUGCAAACCACUAACACUUAGCGUACGGGUACGCUGAUUUUUUUAAUUCUUAUUAACGUACUGAGGCAAUGGUUAAAUAAAAAUGAGCAGUAGCGAAACCUUUGUGAUUUUGACAUAAUGAAGAACAACCGCAUCGGAAUGGGUCCAUCCGUUUGUGAGCCACGACGCCACAGUUAGACAGACAUUGUCCAACUUCCGGCGGGACGUUAAAAAACUGACAGUAUUGUAAUUUUUAUAAAUUUUUUUAUUUUCAAACAAAACUAUUGCCCCGGUGCGUUGAUAAUUUUGUAAGUAUGUGUGCAAAUCUCAAAUAUCGCUUUCCCGUACUGUCGGUUGAAUAAAAGUUUUUAUCCAAAAGAUAAUAACCUCUUUUUUUUUGUCUUCGUACGAAUUGGGGGGUCGGUGUCACGACUCGGCGAUAGAGCCACCUAGAGAUGGCCUAUUUAACAGUGUUGACAGUGGCGUAGCUAGGCGGACAAGGGCCCUGGUGCAUAGGGAGAGAAUCGGGCCCUCCUCCCCUCUUUCCGCCUUCCUCCCCUCUUUCAAAGCUGAGGUUAGAGGGCCCCCUGAGCUCCGGGGCCCUGGUGCACUGCACCACCUGGCCCUAUGAUAGCUACGCCACUGAAUGUUGACAUAUAUAUAUUCUCGUACAUGUGUCGUUUUAACUGACGGAUAGGCUAAUCGGGCGGUUGUAUCAGGCGGUCGUCGAACUGGCCAGCGGAUGUGGAAUCAAUCGGCUUGGAAAUUUCAUUUCAUUUCAUACAAAAUGUCCCAUUCUGUUUUGUUAUAACGUUAGUUAGCGAUGGACUGGUAUCCCCCGUAGUUAAGUUGUUGUAUCGUAAUAAUAUAUAAUAUAAUAAUAUAAUUAUUGCAAUGUAUGUUUAUAUUUCGAUUGUGCGUGCGCGUGACGCGUUCUGUGUGUGCGUCUGUGCGUAUAUAUUUGUGCAUUUAUUUUUGCUCUUUUUGUACAUGUGUUGUUUAGAUUUUAAUGUACCGGUGAAAUAUGCCCCCAAAUCCCACUGGUGUAUAAGCUGGUGAUUUGGAUCCUAAUUCUGAUCUUCAAGACCUAAAUCUAAUACGUAACUUUUCGAACUAUGCUAAGUGCCGUGUUUUUCUCGCAUCUCCGUUACAGUCGGCUAGUCCCCGUCGAGAUUAGCCGCCAUCUAGAGUUAUACGCUGCCGCGAUGCAUUCACAGAACGCCCUGUAAUAAAUGAAAUUGUUGUCUUAUAUUUUUUAGUUAAUUUCUCGCGCGUGUGGACAAGAUUACAAUUUUUAUAUUUUUUUUUAUUACUUUAUUGUCUAUGCCAUCUAAAUCCCAUAUUUGAUACUUAAAAGAGGGGCUUUUAGCCGAAUCCCUUAUUGACAGUAGCCUUGUUCUUAACAAUAAAUAUACGUCGAGUAUAUAUAUAUGAAGAGAUUUGAGCGGUUUUUAAAUUCAAUUUAAUGUUAUCCGAAUAACGUACAAAUGUACAUGUGUGGAUGUAUUUAUAGUGUUUUGCGAGUAUACCUCGCUACUACAUGUUCGAAUUUUUAACCGACGUCUCGAAAUGAGGUUAUCGAUUAAUCUUAUAUUUUUUGGUUUUUACUCGAUAACUCUUAGAAUUUGGAGUGCCACCCCCAAAAGGGAGGUUGGGUUACCUUUAUUAUAUAAAAGAAUUGUUUAAAAAUGAUGCAAUUCAAGGAAAUCGCUUGUUACUAUUAUAAAACGCUGUGUGACGCUUUCGCAGCUAAAACUCAGCACAAAUUUCAAUGAAAUUUUAAAUGAAAGUAGAGAUCUAGCCAAAGAAACACAAGUUUAUUUGUAAAUCAACCUGUUGACACAGGCGAUUAUUAUAUUUAAGGGACUCGGCUAGUACUGUCUAUAAUGUUACUUAAAGUAUAGAUUUUUUAAAAUAAAUAAGUGAUAUGGUUGUUGUUUCAAAAAAUAUAAACAUUGUAAUCUGUCGGUUUUUGUGAGCAAACCCGUGGGAAAUUGUAUGUCCGACUAUUAGAUUAGAGAAAUAUAUUAUUAUGAAAAAA